AUGGGAGGGAAGGCACUAAAAGGUAUUCUUACCGCUCAAUGCGCAUCGAUUCAAAGGGCAAUUGAGCUAUGCAUGCCAACAACAAUUCACCGCUGGUGUAUCUGGCACAUCAUGAAGAAGAUCCCAAGAAAAAUAAAUGGCUACAAGGGACACAUUGAUAUUGAACAAGAGAUGAGUCAUGUUGUUUGGAACUCGUACACAAAAGAUGCAUUUGACAGAAACUGGAAUGAUUUCCUCACAAAGUAUGGUCUCGGAGGAAACAAGUGGCUUUCAGAGCUGUACGAGGAUUGGCAUAUAUGGAUUCCGCAACACAACAAUUGCCUCACAAGUAGAGAACAAGCAGAUAGAGAAUUCAAUGCUGCAGAUUUUCACACCGUGAUACCGUUCACAACAAAAUCAGCAAUAGAGGCACAAUUUCAACAUGUAUAUACCCAUGAGAAGUUCAGGGAAGUUCAAGCUCAAUUCAAAGGUAAAGUGAAUUGUAUCACAAGAUCAAUGCAUUCAACCCUAGGUUUCAUAACAUAUGAAGUCAUAGAGCAGGUUUCCAACUCCACAUUCAACAAGUUUGUCAUCACCUACGAUGCAGUAUCAAGAGAUGUAAAGUGUCAUUGCUUGCUGUUUGAGUCUAGAGGCAUAUUGUGCCGCCAUUCCCUAAGCGUCCUAAGCUUUGAGCGAGUGCAUAAUGUGGCACCGAAAUACAUAUUGGAACGUUGGAGCAAGAACAUAAAGAGGAGACAUACACACAUCAAGAGCAACCAAGAUGAACCUCUAUUGGAGCCAAGAAGUAAGAGAUUUGACGAAUUGGUGUUUCGGUCGCACAAUAUAUGUGAAUUUGAUUCUGAAUGUGAAGAGUUGACCGGAAUUUUGUACCGAGCAUUUGACAAGGUCAUGGCUGAGAUGGAAGAAUAUCAAGAGAGAAGCAAAAGAAAAAGCCUGUUAACCCAUGAAGAAGUGACAUUAAGCAAUGUUAAUGAUCUUCAAAGCCCACCACGUGUCAAAACAAGAGGUCAACCCAAGAACAAACUUGGAUCAAACUUGGAAAAAAAGAUCUCAAAUUCUAUGAAGAAAAAGAAAAAGACAACUCCAAGCGAGAUCAUCGAUUCAGUCAAGCUCCACUCUUUACAAUGCACCAGAUAUGAAUUAUCCAAGAGAGGAUUGUACAAGUUUUAG